CUUCGGAGACCGGCGAGGGACGAUGGCGACGGCAUGGAACUACGUGGUGACCGCGCACAAAUCCACCGCCGUCUCCCGCUCCUGCGUCGGCAACUUCACCGCGCCCCACCAUAUCAACCUCAUCGUCGCGAAAUGCACCCGUAUCGAGAUUUAUUUGCUUACACCUCAAGGCCUUCAGCUUAUGUUUGACGUACCAUUGUAUGGAACCAUUGCAACACUUGAGCUCUUCCGUUCUCAUAGUGAAGCUCAAGAUUUUCUUUUCGUUGGCAUGGAAAGAUACAGAUAUUGUAUUCUUUACUGGGAUGGAAGACAACUUCUUACAAGAUCUGGGGGAGAUGCUUCUCAUUUUGGUGGACGCCCUACAGACAAUGGACAGAUUGGAAUAAUUGACCUUCACCAUCGACUGAUUGGUCUCCACCUAUAUGAUGGCUUAUUUAAGGUUAUACCAUUUGACAAUCAAGGACAGCUGAAGGAACAAUUGAACAUCAGGCUUCAAGAACUUCUAGUGUUGGACAUCAAGUUUCUCUAUGGCUGUGAAAUACCUACAGUAGCAGUUCUUUACCAGGACAACAAGGAUGCCAGACAUGUUAAGACAUAUGAAAUUGCAUUGGAGGACAAGGAAUUUGUUGAAGGUUCUUGGUCUCAGAAUAAUUUAGACAACGGUGCUUGUCUGUUAGUACCUGUACCACUAGGUGGUGUCAUAAUAAUUGGUGAGGACACAAUAGUUCACUGGAGUUCCACGACAUUUAAAUCUCUAUCAAUAAAUCAAGCUAUCAUUGGAGCUGUUGGGCGGGUUGACCCAGAUGGUUCCCGCUAUUUAUAUGGAGACAAUACUGGCUCUCUGCAUUUACUUGUAAUUACUCAAGAACGGGGAAGAGUGACCGAUUUAAAAACUCACUACAUGGGAGAGACUUCAAUUGCAUCAAAAAUAUCAUAUCUUGAUAGUGGUCUCGUUUAUAUUGGUUCGCAGUUUGGGGACUCACAGCUCAUAAAACUGAAUAAUCAAGCGGAUGCAAGCGGUUCAUUUGUUGAAAUUCUUGAACAAUAUAUGAACAUUGGACCAAUUGUAGACUUGUGUGUGGUUGAUCUUGAAAGACAAGGGCAAGGUCAGGUGAUUACUUGUUCAGGUGCACACAAGGAUGGUUCAAUUCGGGCAAUUCGUAACGGAAUAGUGAUUACUAACCAGGCUUCAGUACAACUCCAAGGCAUCAAAGGACUAUGGUCUUUAAAAACUUCAUUGAAUGAUCAAUAUGACACGUUCUUGGUUGUAACCUUUAUAAACGAGACACACUUCUUGGCGAUGAAUAAGGAAAACGAAUUGGCAGAAACCGAUAUAGAAGGAUUUGAUUCAGAAACACAGACUCUGGUCUGCGGAAGUGCCAUCCACAAUCAGCUUAUACAGGUUACUGCUAAUUCUGUUAGAUUAGUCAGCUCUACUUCUCUGGAUUUACUGGAUCAAUGGUUUGCACCAACAGGAUUUUCAAUCAAUGUUGCAGCAGCUAAUGCAAGCCAGGUUUUGUUGGCAACUGGUGGUUUCCAUCUCGUCUAUCUAGAAAUUACCAACUCUAAGUUGGUGGAAGUGAAGCAUAUAGAGCUUGAGCAUGAUAUUUCUUGCCUUGACAUAAACUCAGUUGGUGAGAAUCCACAAUCUAGCUCCUUUGCAGCUGUUGGGAUGUGGAAAGAUAUAAGUGUGAGGAUAUUUUCGCUCCCUGGCCUUCAACUAAAUUGGAAGGAGAAAUUUGCUGAAUUUGUUCCUCGUUCUGUUCUGCUGUGUACUAUUGAAGAGGUGUCAUACUUGUUCUGUGGUCUUGGAGAUGGUCACCUCUUCAGUUUUGUGUUGAACAUAAGUAAAUGUGAACUAUCAGCUAGACGCAGGUUCUCCUUGGGAACACAACCAAUCAGCCUCUAUAAAUUCUCAUCCCACAAUCGAACUCAUGUGUUUGCUGCAUCAGAUAGGCCAACUCUCAUAUACAGCAGUGACAAGAAGUUACUCUAUAGUUAUGUCAAUCUGAAAGAAAUGAGCCACGUGUGCCCUUUUAAUACAGCUGUUUCCCCAGAAAGCAUUGCGAUAGCUAAAGAAGCUGAACUUUCAGUUGGAGCAAUUAAUGACUUCAGAAAACUUCAUAUCCACACAAUCCCCUUAAACGAACAAGCACGCCGCAUCUGUUACCAGGAACAGUCUCGAACACUUGCAUUCUGCAGUUUCAAAGAUAAGGACAUUCACACAGAGAGCGAGACGCACUUUGUUCAUCUGUUAGACCAUCAAACUUUUGGGUUUUUGUCAACACAUACUCUUGAUACUUUUGAAUGGGGUUGCUCCAUUGUCAGCUGCUCAUUUUCUGAUGAUGAAAAUUCUUACUAUUGUGUGGGAACAGCUUAUGUUUUACCCAUGGAAAAUGAACCCACAAAGGGUCGGAUCCUGGUUUUUUUAGUUGAAAAAGGAGAGUUGCAACUAAUCUCAGAAAAAGAAACUAAAGGAGCUGUCUAUUCGCUUAAUGCAUUCAAUGGAAAAUUAUUGGCUGCUAUUAAUCAGCAGAUCAGAUUGUACAAGUGGGUGCAGCGAGAUGAUAGGUCACAUGAACUGCAAUCGGAGUGUAGCUACCACAGUGACGUAUUGCCUAUGCAUACUCAAACCCGCGGUGAUUUCAUCGUGGUUGGAGACAUUAUGAGAUCAUUAUCGUUGCUGGUAUACAAGCAUGACGAAGGCCUGAUUGAAUAUAAAGCUAGGGAUUUUAACGCAAGCUGGAUUAGUGCAGUUGAGAUGCUCGAUGACGAUAUUUAUAUCGGUGCAGACAAUUGUUGUAACCUGUUUACCGUGCGUGAGAGUGAGACCCAUGAAGGGCGUCUUGAUGUCAUUGGGGAGUACCAUCUGGGGGACUUGGUGAAUAGUUUGCAGCAUGGUUCUCUGGUUAAACACCACACACGCUCACUGGUAGGCAAGUAUCCUACGGCCAUCUUUGGCACGAUCAGUGGCGCAAUUGGUGUGAUUGCAUCCAUUCCAAGUAACCUACAUAUGAUCCUUGAGAAGCUGCAAUCCAUCCUUGCGAAGUCCAUCAAGAGUGUUGGUAAUCUUAGCCAUGCAGAAUGGCGGUCAUUCUAUAACGUCAGGAGGACGAGUGUUGCCCGGAACUUCGUGGAUGGUGAUCUGAUUGAAUUAUUCCUCAAACUGAGUUCAAGCCACAAGCUUGCAGUUGCAAUGGCGAUGGGCGUUGAUGUGGAUAAGCUGUGUCUGUUAGUGGAAGAGUUGGCGGAUCUUCACUAAUCAGGAUUAAGUAGUUUCUACUGCCAUGUAUAGCUCCUUACUGAAUAUCCCAGCUGUUCAACUAUUUCCCGACGUGGUAGAAGAGAUGCAUGCUGUAGGUGAUAUUUGCAGUUUUGGGCCGAACUCCAUGGCCGCUCAACUAUUGAGUAAUCCCUGCGUGGUACUACUAGAUGCAAAUAACUUCUUUUAGCUUCAGUCUAAUUUGUUCCUUUUCACUUUAUAGUCUGAUAGAAAUUGAUGGUGGCUGAGGAGAUUGUACAUUUGGUUUUCUGAAACUAAAGUCAUACAAACAAAUGUACGGCUCUACUGUGAAUGAGCAUGCCCUUUCCUAUGAAGUCAUGUUCAUGUGUCGAACAAGGAAAUGUACGGCUGUGCUAAACAAGAUGCGUGGUUCCAUAAUACGACUU